AUGGCGCAUAAACUCGCGAAUAAAAUUGUGAGUAACAUAUACGAUUACCGCACACACGAUACCGUGCUGCUACCACUUGGUGUCACGCUUGGUGAUAACUCUGAAGAAACUAUGGACUUUCCUUUUGCGCAAACCUACAUCAUUGAACUAUUACAGAAAAUGAACAAGAAAACGUUUUAUCCCUGUGUUUUACGUGGUUUCCCACAGAUAAAUAAAACGGGACAAGACGGUAAAUUUUCAUCCCCUUGGACCAUCAUCCAAUGGUACUGUACAGCGAACACUAACAACGCGUAUGUAGCUACUGAUAAUAUCGGCCCGUUUGAAGACGUUGUUCGGUGCAUCAACUCCACGAAGCCAACUACUCAACAUGGCCUUUGCGUCAUCAGGGAAAGUCUGUACAAAAAAAAAUGUCCUGCUUCUGUGAAGGAUAAAUUUCCUCUUUUUCCGUACUGCAAACAUCACCGCACCGUAUGUCCAGGAAAGACGUGUACUUAA